CGACGAUGUUAUCAGUUCGCGUUUGGUAAUCUGGUACUUAUGUUAUUUGUUAUUACCGUGUAAAACUAACAUAAUUCAUGAUGGAAAUGGAGACGGAUCCGCUGGAGGGAAGCAGCUACGAUGUAGGAGUGACGGUGAAGGCGGAAAUCAAGGAGGAGAACGAAGAUGAUCACUACAAUACGAUGGCCCUCCUAGAACUAGCUCAAUGCGUCCAAUCAAACCAAGAACCGAUAGAAUUCAACUCCACGGACGCAAUGAUGGACCCGAAGACCGGUAUGAUGAUCUGCUUACAUUGCCUCGAAGACUUCGACUCAACUCUACUAUCAGACCAUAUGAUGAACGCACACAACUACAGACGGGUCCUUUUCAAAUGCCAACUCUGCCAGACUACGUUCCAAGAACGCAAACUCCUGAACAUACAUCGACAAGAAUGCCAACCGGAACAGAAAGUCAGGAAGAGGAAAACGUUCCAACAGAUUCUUCGAGAUGUUGAAGCAAAGUACUAUAUGGCUGACCAGCAGGCAUUGCUGGAACCGGUGUCUUGCCCGAUAUGUCUUUUGGAGUUACCAAAGUAUUGUUUGAAGGAACAUUUGUUGAAUGAGCAUCGGAAACCUGAUGUGAUAUUGACUUGUGGUCGUUGUAAUAGGAAUUUUAAAUCGAAGUUGACUUUACGAGAGCAUGUGAAGUUGGUGCAUGAAGCGGUUGAGGAUUCCGAAGAGUGUGAGCUUUGCGGUCAAAAGUUCAGGUCGUUGAAGUAUCUGUCUAACCACAAGAGGAAUGUCCAUCCUAGCGGCAACAAGAUCCAUAAAUGCAUGGUCUGCGGCAAAGAGUUUAAGUCUCGCCUCUGUCUACACCAGCAUAGUAAAUACGUGCAUCCACCAGAAUCAGCCUCAGUGGAGUGCCCACACUGCCCAAACAAGAUAUUCAAGUCUCGGAUGAAUUUGACACAACAUCUUAAGGUUUCACAUGGGUAUAAGAGGAGAAUGAGUAGUAUUCCUACCAUGUAAAGUAACAAGUGGUUGUAGCGUUUAGCCCUUUGAUUGGUAAGUUUAUUCGAGUAGGCCAAUCAGCGCCGUACGUCAUAUACAGGUCGAGGAUCAACUACAUUU